CUUCAGCUUUCUUCUCAUAGAUGCAUGAUUUUGUUGAAACUUCUGCCCCAUCCUGGUGGAAUUUUUAUUUAAAGAUAUAAAUUUAUAUCAGCUUCAAGUGUGCCUACGUUACGAUUUUAUUAGAGAUUAUUGUCCCAGUCAGCUGAAGGGCAGCUGGAGCAGUUCUGUUCGGGGCGCGGCCUCCUCCGGCUCUCUGCUUGCUUUGGUUCGUGUGGCUGUGAAGAGAGGACGGAGCUCUCCAUCCAUCCACAGCGGCAGACAUGGCGGACCCGGCGGAGUGUACCAUCAAAGUGGUGUGCCGUUUCAGGCCGCUGAACAGCGCGGAGGUGGCCCGAGGAGACCAGUACAUCCCCAAGUUCAAGGGCGAGGACUGUGUGGUGAUCGCGGAUAAACCGUACCACUUUGACCGUGUGUUCCAGUCCAACACAACUCAGGUGCAGUUCUACAACGCUGUGGCUCAGAAGAUUGUCAAAGAUGUGCUGGAUGGAUACAACGGGACAAUAUUUGCAUACGGGCAGACAUCAUCCGGCAAAACACACACAAUGGAGGGGAAACUUCAUGACCCAGACAUGAUGGGAAUCAUUCCAAGAAUUGUGCAAGACAUCUUCAACUACAUUUACUCCAUGGAUGAGAACCUGGAGUUUCACAUCAAAGUGUCAUAUUUUGAGAUCUAUUUGGACAAAAUCAAGGAUUUGUUGGAUGUGUCAAAGACCAACCUUUCUGUACAUGAGGAUAAAAACAGGGUGCCCUAUGUCAAGGGGUGUACCGAACGUUUUGUGUGCAGUCCUGACGAAGUCAUGGACGCCAUAGACGAGGGCAAAAACAACAGACACGUGGCCGUCACAAACAUGAACGAGCACAGCUCCAGGAGUCACAGCAUCUUCCUCAUCAACAUCAAGCAGGAAAACAGUCAGACUGAACAGAAACUCACCGGGAAGCUCUACCUCGUCGAUCUGGCUGGAAGUGAAAAAGUGGGUAAAACUGGAGCGGAGGGCACGGUGCUGGAUGAGGCCAAGAUGAUCAACAAGUCCUUGUCUUCACUGGGAAAUGUCAUCUCAGCUCUGGCAGAGGGCUCGACCUAUGUGCCGUACAGAGACAGUAAGAUGACCAGGAUCCUGCAGGACUCCCUGGGAGGAAACUGUAGGACCACCAUGGUGAUCUGCUGCUCACCUUCUGCUUUUAAUGACGCAGAGACCAGGUCCACACUGCUGUUUGGACAGAGUGUUAUGCCCAGCUCGUUGAAGAGCAUAACAAAGAAGGGAGGAGAGAAUGUGCCGGUGGAGGAGCAGUUUGACAAGGAGAAGGCCAAAGCAGAGGUCCAGGCCCUGGACACUGCUACGAGCAAUGAUAAGGCAGCAGCACCCAAACCGGCCCUCAACAUCCUGCCUGGAGUCCAACUCACUGGCGCAGAGACGGGGAAGUACGAGGAAGAGAUGGCCAAGCUCUACAAACAGAUGGACGACAAGGAUGAUGAGAUCAACCAGCAGUCUCAGCUGGUGGAGAAGCUGAAGGAGCAGAUGCUGGACCAGGAAGAGCUACUCGUCUCCUCUCGCCGAGACCAUGACACCCUGCAGACCGAGCUGAACCGGCUGCUGGCGGAGAACGAAGCCUCCAAGGAGGAGGUGAAGGAGGUGCUGCAGGCCCUGGAGGAGCUGGCCGUCAACUACGACCAGAAGAGUCAGGAAGUCGAGGACAAAGCACAGGAGUUCGAGGCUCUCAGCGAGGAGCUGAACGAGAAAUCGAGCUCCUUGGCCUCCAUCGACUCUGAGCUGCAGAAGCUGAAGGAGAUGACCAACCACCAGAAGAAGAGGGUCACCGAGAUGAUGUCGUCGCUACUCAAAGACCUGGCUGAGAUCGGCAUCGCUGUGGGAAGCAACGACAUUAAGGUCACCAGUUUUGUCUCUGACAUGAAGUCGGAGGUGAAGACGAUGGUGAAGCGCAGCAAACAGCUGGAGAGCACCCAGGCCGAGAGCUCUCACAAGCUGGAGGAGGCUGAGAGGGAGCUGACUGCCUGCCAGCUCCGCAUCUCCCAGCAUGAAGCUAAAAUCAAGUCCCUGACAGACUGCCUGCAGAACGUGGAGCACAAGAAAAGACAGCUGGAGGAGAAUGUGGACUCUCUGAAUGAAGAAAUAGUCCGGAUCAGAGCUCAAGAGAAAGUUAAUGCCAUGGAGAAAGAGACCGAGAUCCAGUCAGCCAACGAAGUCAAGGACGCUGUGGAGAAGCAGAUCCUGUUCCACAGAGAAACCCACCAGAAGCAGAUCAGCAGCCUGAGAGACGAGCUGGACAGCAAGGAGAAGCUCAUCACAGAGCUGCAGGAUCUGAACCAGAAGAUCAUCCUGGAACAGGAGACACUGAAAGUGGAGCUGGAGAAGCUCAAGGCGACUGACCAGGAGAAGAGCCGCCAGCUGCAGGAGCUCACGGUGAUGCAGGACAGACGGGAGCAGGCCAGACAGGACCUGAAGGGACUGGAGGAGACUGUGGCUCGGGAGCUGCAGACGCUCCACAACCUGAGGAGGCUCUUUGUCCAAGACUUGGCCACCAGGCUGAAAAAGAACGCUAACAUGGACUCAGAGGACACAGAGGGCAGCGCUGCACAGAAACAAAAGAUCAGCUUCCUGGAGAGCAACCUGGAGGAGCUCACCAGAGUCCACAAGCAGCUGGUACGAGACAACGCCGAUCUUCGCUGUGAGAUCCCUAAAAUGGAGAAGCGCCUGCGGGCCACAGCUGAGCGGGUCAAAGCCCUGGAGGCUGCCCUGAAGGAGGCCAAAGAGAACGCAGCCCGCGACCGCAAGCGCUACCAACAGGAGAUGGAGCGCAUUAAGGACACCGUCAAGCCCAAAAACAUGGGCAGGAGGGCCUCAGCUGUGAUAGCUAAACCCAUCAGACCAGGCCAGCUGCCGGGCGCUCCCAUAAACCUCAGCGUCAACAGGUCCAACCUCAUCCAGAACAACCAGCCUAAAGGAGGAGACAAUAGCAGCUGAGGACAUGAAGCCGAACGCCCAGACCAACGCACUGAACUGGAAUCAUUGCACCACUCCUCCAAUGUCAAAAUAUGUACAUACUGUAUAUAAGCCUAAGCUGUGCAGCUGCUCUGUUAAGCUUUAAGACUUUUAAGCUCUCCAGCAGUCAAAACUUACAUUCCUGGUGUUUUCUUGUCACAUGCACACAUGUCAGCAGGACAUUAGGCUGAACUGUGCCAACAUGAAUGUACAUAUGGAUGGAAAACAAGAUUUAAAACCGUCUUGUUUGUCUGAUCUUUAACAUUUCUCAGAGGAUUUCUUUGUAAACUGGUUGAUUGGUCAAAAUAUGACAUGAGUCAGAAAUACUACAAGAACACUUAUUGAUGCAGCAGUUGCAAAGAACACACUUUAUAUGAUAUAAUCAAGUAUUCAGUCAUAUUAAGAUGAUAAGGUGUAAUUGCUUUUGGAGGUUGCACAGGCGGGGCUGUGGUGCAGCAUCACAGACAUCCCUCAUCUGCAUUUUUGUUAUCACGUUCAGAGUAUUGUAAAGAUGCGUCUGUAACCACAUCUGGAUGGGUCAAAAAUGAUGCUGCAGUUGUUCCUUUAGGUGAGUAAGAACUGAGAGAGAUAUGCAGAAGUAAAACCUGCCUUAUUUUCCUGCGCGCUCUGCCUUAUUUUUGCUUGACUUUUUUUUUUUCUGUAUUUGAAAUUAUGCUAUCUACUGACUAUUUAAGACUUGAAGAGAACUCUCGUAUAUCAGGGCAAGACAGACAGCUGUAUUUGUCAUUCAAACUAAAGGCACUUUCAUUGUUUUGGUGAAAAAAAAGCCUGUUGGUCCUUAAAUUUUUAUUCUAGAUCUAAUAAAUUGAAACUUAAAAGGUCA